AUGUUCAAUGUGAUGACAAAGAUAUUUUCCAUUGACCCAUCCGGUCUAUAUAAGAUACUAAGUCGUAAGGGUAUAGAUGAAAUUGACAUCAUAAAUAUGGACAUGAGGGUUGACGAUGACGAUGAGGAUGACGAUGAGGAUUAUAAGGACGAUUACUCGGAAGAGAAUUACUUGGAAGAUAGUGACUCAGAGGAUGGUAAUUCGGAAGAUGUUGAUUUGGAGAUUGAAGACUUGGAGGUUGAAGACUUGAAGAAUGAUGAGAAUAAUUAG